UCUAGGGACCUGCAGAGGAGAGAGCACACCGCAACUGUGAUAUCUGAGUAGCUGGGACGGCACACAGCUAAUGCCCCCCAUGGAUCCUAUAGAUGGCGGGGGCUCUGAGAAGUUCAGGAUUUUCCAGAAGGACAACUUUGAGGCUGACUGGCUCAAGGUGGGGGAGAGAACCUUCGGGCGGGUUUACAAAGUGAAGCUGAAACUAUGGAGGGAAGUAUGUGCCAUUAAAGGCUUCUGUACCUCGAUGCCUCAAACAAGCUCGUCCAGGGGGGUGAUUGAGAAGGUCUCCAAAAUGAGGAAAUUGAAGUUCAAGUAUAUAGUGACGGUUUACGGGGCCUGCACCGACCCCCCGGCCGUGGUGAUGGAGUACAUGAGCAGCGGGUCGCUGGAAGGCCUCCUCAACAGCCACGAACUGAUGUGGCCCAAGAAGUUCCAAAUGAUUCAUGAGGUCGCCAUGGGGAUGAACUUCCUCCACAGCAUGAGUCCUCCUCAUCUCCACCUGAACCUGAAGCCAGCCAACGUCCUGCUGGACGACCAUCUGCACGUCAAGAUUUCUGACUUUGGAUUCAUUAAAUGGGAGGACUUCUCCAGCAGUAAGGAAUUCAUUGAACAUUUGACUGCGAGAGGAAACCUCAGCUACAUCCCACCCGAGACUUUCACAGAGAGCUCUGACCCCCCAGGAACCAAAUUUGAUGUUUACAGUUUUGCCAUUGUCAUAUGGGAGAUACUGACACAGAAGAAAGCUUUCCCAGGGGCCAAUAUGAUGACAGUAUUAAUGAAGGUAUCUUCUGGCAAAAGGCCGAGUGUGGAAAAGAUUCCAGAUGACAAACCCAAGGAAAGUGAAGCCAUGAUGAACAUAAUGCAGCGUUGCUGGCUGCAGAAGCCCUGCGAUCGGCCACCAUUCACAGACAUAGUCAGAGAAACUGAAGCCCUCAGUGAAGUCUUGAAAAUCCCUGAUGUGCUCCAGGAUGUGUACAGACCGCACAAAGCUUUCGACACGGUGUUCACACUCAAGGAACCCAGGAUUAAAAUGAACCCUGAUUCAGGUGGGGAAGUUUCCCAGAAGACCUUUGACUUUCUGCUCAAAAAGGAUUUCAGGAAUUUUCGACAGUCGCUGAAGAUGGAUGAUGUGUUGGAGCUGUACGAGGAGAACUACACCCUCCUGCACCACACCGUGGUGAGCGGAGACGCCGAGUCGGUCGACCUGGUGCUCCGGCAGGGCGCGGCCGUGAACUCCCAGAACGCCAAAGGCUACACGCCCCUCAUCAUCGGCAUCCUCCACCAGCUGUACGACAUCUGCACCCUGCUGGUGAAGCAAGGCGCCGACGUCAACCAAAGCGACGGCGAGGGCUGGACGGGCCUCCAUUUUGUGGCCCAGAACGGCAACGACAGGCUGGCCCGGCUACUCCUGGACCACGGGGCAGUGUCCGACGCCCAGGAGAAGGACAGGUGGACGCCCUUGCACCUGGCGGCGCAGAACGGGCACGAGAACGUGGUGCGGAUCCUGCUGCCGCGCACGGCCACGCAUGACCACCAGACGGAGAAGGACGGGCUGACGGCCCUGCACAUGGCGUCCUCCUACGGCCACCUGGGCAUCGCCAAGCUGCUGCUGGGCAAGGGGGCCGACCCCAACCGGCCGGAGCGCGGCGGCUGCCACGCCCUCCACCUGGCGGCUGAAAAGGGGCACGUGAGGGUGGCCCGGCUGCUCCUGGAGAGCGGGGCCCAGGUGGACCGAGCGGACCUCCAGAGCUACAGCGCCCUCCACAGGGCGGCCAUGAAAGGGCACACUGCAACGUGCAGGCUGCUGCUGACGCGGGGGGCCAACCCAGACCUCAGGACCCAUCAGGGGUGGACGGCCCUGCACCUGGGGGCCCUGAAAGGGCACUCGGCCCUGCUCCCACUGCUGGAGGAGCACGGGGCCAACUUGAACGCCCAGGGGGAAAACGGGUGGACGGCCCUGCAUCUGGGCUGCCACCACGGCCUGCAGGAGGUGGUGUCGGCGCUGCUGACAGUGGGGGCCGACCCAAACCUGGCGGAGGACGGCGGCUGGACCCCGCUGCACCUGGCCAGCAGAGCCGGCUGCUUCCCCAGCGUGCUGCAGCUCAUCGCCCGCGGCGCCCUGAUCAACGCCCAGAACGCCGGCCAGGCCACACCUCUGCACCUGGCGGCCUCCAGCGGCGCUGUGGCCAUCGUGGAGGCCCUGCUGCUGAACGGGGCGGACCUGGGCACCAAGGACGCCGCGGGCUGUACCGCCAGGAAGCUGGCCACCAAUCUGCACAAACACGAGGUGGUGCAGGCACUAGACAGCGACAGCGUGUGACGAACAGCCCCGCGCAGGCUCGCUGCAUGGAAACCACAGUGUGCCAUCAGUUUCCGUGGUCAUCUAUUCCCAGCUAACAGUCUAACAGUUCAUGAAUCCUGGGGCAAAAUCUUUGUGAAUUAAACAGUCAUACAUUUCCACGGUGAGAUAUUACACCCUGUUUCAUACUGAAUGUAAUUCUUAAAGAUUGUACUAUAUUUUCCUAUAUUUUAUCAUUUUGUGUAAAUGUUAUUUUGCAAAUGAGUUGUGACUCCUUGUAGUUAGUUGUGGCCUCAAAAUCAUACAGUGACUUGACAACUCUGACUGGUUUUUAGACCAUUCUUUUAAAGAUUUUUAAUUAUUUUGAUGGAUAAAGUGGAUAAAUUAUAUCUGUUUUAAGCCAUUUCGGACAGCAAGGCAGAGUGGACUUUUAUUGAAAACAGUGGACUUUUUAUAGUGUAGCUCCAAGCAAAUGUCUCAAGAAACAAUCAGAUCUGAAUGUA